AUGAAGCUUGCCGUACGAGCACCGUACCCAAAUUCUUUACCCGGCAACGUGGUGCUGAUCAUGCUCCCAGUGCCUGCGUUGCAAGCGGAAAAAGAUCAAAUGCGACAAAAGAGACCCGAUCUGCCAUCACUGCAUCACCGCAAAGACAGAAUGCCUACGACCUUACCGACACAUGAAUCUGAAGCGCCGUCCGAAACAACCACUGGCACAGAUCUAGUACUCUCUCCCAAGGCGUCUUUGAUGACUGGCGAUGGUCAAGAAUGCCCUGCAGUAAUUCGUGUCGCUCAGCCAUGGAUAUACCGCAUGGCCUCGGACGUCAGGCGUAAUUUGCAGAGUCAGACCACCCCUAUUAGCACACCAACACCACGGAUAGACGACGCGAUGUUGUCGCUCAGCGAUGCCCUCGACGAUUUAGGCAGGCUUCGAAUACGGACUGACGCUCGUAAGGUUGAUUUGAACCUCUCUCCUAAAGAAGUAAGAGCAAGCGUCGACGCGUUCGUCCAUCUCAUGAGCAAUAUGGUCGUACCUGAUGUAUUCGCCGCAGCCAUCGAUGUCGAUCUCCUUCGUGUGCUGCCCGACAUCAUCAAGUCAGCGUAUGUCAAAGUCGAUCCAGGUGUGUACGUUAUGUAUUACAAUGCCUUGUACUAUGGUCUUCAUCAAAUUCGCGGUGCCGGAGAUGUCGUUGCGCAAAGCAUGUAUCUAAAGGUGUUGGAAGCCGUACCAGCGUGGCUCGAUGCCUCAGUCGAUACAGACUUGGACGGCUAUACGGCUGCCUUGACAGCCUGGACAGCAAUCAGCAAUAAUGAUUACCAGCUUUCAUGGAAGUUCCACUGCAAGUCAUGCCAUUACAUCAAGGCUAGGAAGAUCGAUCAACUGGAUGUUAUACCAGCUAAGACGUUCGAAGAGGAAGAUAAAAGGGAUACCCUACGAUAUUUGUACUGGCACAUCCUGUCUACUGAUACAUUAUAUCGCCUGAUCUACGGCAAACCCACGGUGGUUCGAUGGGCACCACACAAGGUUCGACCACCAGCUAUUCUUCGUACCGAGGACAUGCAUCCAUCCGUUUCUCGGGUCACGGUGUCAGUGGUGUGGAUCAGGUACACACUGAUGACAGCAGAAAUGCUUAAUGAGAUCGACAACGAUCUUUCUCAUGAGCGAGAUGGAGGGAUUCAGCACCAAGUCGACGACUUCUGCAUACAGCUUGAGAACCUGAUGGCAGAGUGGAAGAUGGAGUCGAUCAUGAGAGACAAUGACAUGCCGCAAACUCUCCGCUAUCUCAUCGCAGAUCAUGUCAUGAACAUCUAUGCCAUCAUCAUAGGAAUCAAGCGACUAGUCAAACCGACACCAGACUCAGAUCCUGUCGAUGCUAUCGCCCUUCGCGCAGCUCGAAAAGUGGCUCAGAUCACUCUUGAAUUCGCCAUCAAUCCAGCACCUGCAGAUGCAGCUCAGUCUGUUUACAUUUACUUCAUAAGCUUCUACCCGUUCUGUGCAGUCUUCUCACUGUACGAGCAUAUCUUAGCUUGUGCCAACCCAGAGGACUGCGAGCAAGACAUCCGGCUUCUGGAAAGCGUUGGCGCGGCCAUGGCAGAAGCAUCUACUCUACGAACCGACCUCGUCCCAUUCGCAAGAACCAUCAAUGCGUUGAACAAAGUGUCAAGAACGAUUCAGGACGAGCGGCGCAAAGCAGGGUAUCGAGAUGUUGCGACAGGAGAGACAGCCAAUAAUAUGCCUGAGUUCGACUUCUCGGCGUUCGCAUCCUUUUCAGGGGUUCCUUACAACGUUGAAGACAGUAGUCAGCCACUUAGCUUCGUCAGAGCCCUAGAGAACGACUUCACUACGAGGAACUGGCAUGAAGGGUGGUGGGAUGUAGGUGCUGAUCUAGACGAUCCUAUGAUGGGCUUACCUGAAGAUGUACGUACUAUCGAGAACCUCAGUCUGAAUCACACGGCUGCGUCACCUGAGGCUGGUGAUAUUCUCGACCGAACUGGGCGUUGA